UGUGUGCGGCAUUUGUUUGCGCUGAAGUUCGUCUCUAAUGGAUUUGUUAUCGCGGUGACCAGGUUCUGGACCGCUGUGAGGGGGAAGGAGAGGACGGCCUGGUUCGACGUGUGCACAAUUUCGCCGGAUAUUUGGCAGACGAAAUGAUAUUGCCGCAGAUACGUUUCUGCAAAGACUUCUCGUCGACGUUCCGCGUUAGGUUAAAUCACCCGACCGAAUUGUAGAUUAUUUCACGGCACAACCAGAGCUGCGUCCGAUUGUCCGAAUCUGGUGAAGCACGACGGCUUAAUUAUGGGCACGCUAAACCUCAUCUGCCCCAUGUGUUGCGGAGAGACCUUCAAUAAUACUCAGUCCCUUAAAUACCACUUGCUAAGCAUGACUGACAAUCUCUAUUGUCCGGGCUGUUCGCAGCGUUCCGACUCUGUGACGGCGCUCAUUCAGCACCUGGACAUGUGCGAGCACGAUUUGAGGUACAGGAUGAAGCCUGAGAUUCUUACGGACAAGUUCAGAAAAGGCGGAAAGGAGCCUGAAAUCAAAAUGGAUCUGCUAUUGGAUGUCAAGGGACAACAGCUUAAUCGAGGCUUCCUGGCAACCAUGGGCAACAACGGAGUAGUCAUAAUGAGCAAUCCGCAAACGAUACAAAUGGACGAGAAUGGAGAGAUUAAAGUCGUAGAAAAGAUGGACACGGAAGAAACGCAACCAGAUCAAAAUUCUCUGGAUUUCAAGAUGUCCGAAGGACUCAUCGGUGACGUUGGUGGAGCGCAAAGAAGACUGCAGUCGUCGCAAGGAUUGGUGGCUAUCCCCAUAUCGAAUCCGGACCGCAAGGUGUUGAUGGAGAAGAACAUAAUUGCUGUGUUACCAGAUAAUUCCGAACUCCUGGAUGGGACCGAGACCACUACCCUGAUUGAUGUGGAUCGUAUAAAUGAGGCAACAGAGAUUGACGAGGUUGAUCUUCUGCGUGUCAAGCGAGAGCUGUGCGAGUUUGAAUCUGACGCUGUAUACAGUUGCACCAGUUGCGAAAUGAGCUUCAACUCCGUCUUAGAUCACAUCAAGCAAUUCCACGAUGGCCAGGAGGUUUUGUUGGAGAUGGCGGAACAGAUGAACGAUCUGGCGACAACAAGUCCGGCGGUAUCCGAAAACUCGGAGAAUAUGGUGAACCCACGGCAGCGGCAAACGAUGAACACACUGCGCACGGAAGAAUGUGUGGACAGUGAGGGUAGGCUCUACACCAGAAAAGUGGUGCAAAUUGAGAGAUUCUGGGACCGUACUCCGGUUCAGGUCACGACGCCGCAAUCGGUGAAGGCUCCGAUGAUCGAGAAAUUCUUUUCGAACGUGGAGGGUGUCAAGGUACGAGACAAACGCCUGGCGACCGCAUCGGUGCGAAUGUACAAGUGCAAUCAGUGCCUGCAGCAGUUCUCCAAGUUGGGUAACUUUCGCGUGCACGCCUGUCUCGGUGGCAAUAAUCGUUGCGAACACUGCGACCAGAGCUUCGCGACCCCCAGGGCUUUGCAACUCCACGCGAAGGUGCACGAUGGCGAAGCUGAUUCGAACCAGAAGACGUUUGUCUGUACCACGUGCGGUACCGAAUUUUGCUCUCACAAAAGCUUACGGUUGCACUCGAGGAUGCACGCGCCAGUGAGGGCCAGACACGUCGAUGCACCUGAAGGCACUCCUAACGCAACUUUCACUUGCCCCGAAUGUGGCAAAACGCUCUCUGAGUCGUACAAAGACGCGCAUAUGGCGCUGCAUACAGGCGACUCGGUGACAUGCACCGUUUGCAACCGGAAGUUCGAUUCCGCGGAAAGUCUAGCAAUGCACGCGGCAGUGCACGUCGAGCAGACACCCUCGCGGUCGCCCACUCCACAAACUUUACUUUCAUCCGUGGAGGCAACGACGUCAGCGACGAUGUCAGCGGUGACGUCGACGACGACGAUGGCGUCGACGAUCGUCGCGACAUCAACUACGUCGAUAACAACAGCAACAACGACGGUGACAAUGGCAGAUCCUGGCGACAGUCAGAAACCCUAUCAGUGCCAGCAUUGCGGUCGCAGGUUCACCAGACCACAUGAGAAAGUCAAGCACGAACGAAUUCAUACUGGGGAGAAGCCACAUGCUUGUGAGGUUUGUGGCAAGACCUUUCGUGUGUCCUACUGCCUGACCCUUCACAUGCGCACACAUACAGGUGUGAGGCCCUACGCUUGUCAGCAUUGCGGAAAGCGCUUCAAGGCAUCCUCCGUCUACAAUCAUCACCUGCUGACUCACGGUGAGGAGCGUGCCUACACAUGUCCGUACUGCCCAAAGACGUUCAAAACGCGGGUGCAGCUGGCCGGCCACAAGAACAGCCACACGAAGCCAUUCCGGUGCACCGAGUGCUCGCGGCCGUUUGCAUCGCUCUAUGCCGUCCGCGCGCACAUCCAGACUCAUAAAAAAGACAACAAUCUCAAGUUUAGCUGCUAUGUAUGCGGCGCGUCGUACGGUCGGGCAUUCGCCCUCAAGGACCACCUGAAGCAGCACGGCCAGGACGUGCUAGCGCUACCGGAGCCAGCGCGGGAGGAGGAGGUGCACGAGAACUUUCUCCUCGGCGAGGAGGAGAUCGAGGAGGAAGAGUUCGCAGCCCCAACGCCGCCACCACCGCCGACUCCGCUUCCCGUCGUCGCGCGCCCUUCUGGCGUGAACGAUACCGACUGAAGUCAAUUAUUGCAAUUUGAUUCUAGUCGCAGAAUUGUAGCGCGUUCCGUAAGCUCGUCAUAAGCUUGCCGUAAGCCUACGUUGACUGUUCGUGGAGACUGGAGGAUUCGUUAUUUUCACGCUCGCCGUGUUGAAACCUUCACGCGAAAGUUUCUGUACGUUUAUGCGUACACGUUCCGCGAGUCGUUGCGUGAAGUCAGAGCGGAUUUUUUUUACCAAAACCAAUCGCGAUUGAUUGGGAUCUAAUUGUAUGUAAGCGUUGUUGACUCGUUGAUAAAGUUUAUUCGUUCGUAUUUCUCGUGCCGUUCGUCGUUUUCAACACGAAUUCGUGAGCUUAAUUUGUGAGUCGGAAGAUCACUAGAAGCAACUUUAAUCUACAAAUGUAAGUUGCAUUAUCUCGCCCGAUUCAAUUAGACAUGAUUACGCAAGAAUAUUGCCAAUUAAUUGGAGUAUGGGUGUUCAAUUAAUUU